AUGAAGAUACUUGAGAAUUUUGGAGUAUUUUGACGUCGUAGAGCGCCCAUCUCAGGCACACUUUCUGGAACUGGAGCGAUUGCAGGAGGGCACUUGCUGGGCGCGAGACGACAGAAUUUGAGCGCGUAUCGUGAUGCGAACAUGAGGCGAGGAAUGGAGUCUGCGUUGAGGGUUCAG